CUCCUGCAGACGCGCGUUGGCGGCGGUUUUGCUACUGUGUGGAGGGAGUAGAGCGCUCCGCCGACGCGACUGUGGCCACACAGCUGCGCGCUAUUGCCGCCCCUUCCUCUCUUUACUCCCUCUCUCCCUCCCGCCCGUGAAGCCGGACAGCCGGGGCCGCAGUCGGAGCUGAAGGAAGCGUCAAGCGUGGCCGCAAGGCGCUGGGGUGAAGGCCGCAACAUGGCGAGCGCCUCCUACCACAUCUCCAACCUGCUGGAGAAGAUGACGUCCAGCGACAAGGACUUCAGAUUCAUGGCAACCAAUGAUUUGAUGACAGAAUUGCAAAAAGAUUCAAUUAAAUUAGAUGACGACAGUGAACGAAAAGUGGUCAAAAUGAUCUUGAAGUUACUGGAAGACAAGAAUGGUGAAGUACAGAAUCUUGCUGUUAAAUGUCUUGGCCCAUUGGUCAGCAAAGUAAAGGAAUAUCAGGUGGAAACAAUUGUGGAUACAUUGUGUACCAAUAUGUUGUCAGAUAAGGAACAACUACGAGAUAUUUCCAGUAUUGGACUGAAAACGGUGAUUGGAGAGUUGCCUCCAGCCUCUAGUGGAUCUGCUUUGGCAGCUAAUGUUUGUAAAAAGAUCACAGGACGUCUCACUAAUGCUAUUGCCAAACAGGAAGAUGUCUCUGUUCAGUUGGAAGCUCUGGAUAUCAUGGCAGAUAUGCUAAGCAGGCAAGGAGGUCUGCUGGUUAAUUUCCAUCCAUCAAUUUUGAACUGCCUUCUUCCCCAGCUUACCAGUCCUCGGCUUGCUGUGCGGAAGAGAACUAUUAUAGCCCUUGGUCACCUCGUUAUGAGCUGUGGAAACUUGGUCUUUGUUGACCUGAUUGAGCAUUUGUUGACAGAACUUGCUAAAAACGAAUCUAUGUCUACAACCAGGACCUAUAUUCAGUGCAUUGCUGCUAUUAGCAGACAGGCAGGACACCGAAUAGGAGAAUAUUUGGAAAAAAUCAUUCCAUUAGUUGUGAAAUUCUGCAGUGUUGAAGAUGAUGAGCUGAGAGAAUACUGCAUUCAAGCUUUUGAGUCAUUUGUGAGAAGGUGCCCAAAGGAAGUUUUUCUUCAUGUCACCACCAUUAUUAACAUAUGCCUGAGGUACUUGACUUAUGACCCCAAUUACAAUUAUGAUGACGAUGAUGACGAAGAUGAUGCGGCAAUGGAGUCCGAAGGUGGAGAUGAUGAUGAUCAAGGAAGUGAUGAUGAGUACAGUGAUGAUGAUGAUAUGAGCUGGAAGGUGCGUCGUGCUGCUGCCAAGUGCUUAGAUGGUGUGGUCAGUACUCGUCAUGAAAUGCUACCAGAAUUUUAUAAAACUGUAUCUCCAGCACUGAUUGCUAGAUUCAAGGAACGUGAGGAGAAUGUUAAAGCAGAUGUUUUCCACGCCUAUCUCUCAUUGCUAAAGCAGACCAGACCUGCUCAGAGCUGGCACCUUGACCCAGAUGCAAUGGAACAAGAAGAGACACCUUUGGUUAUGCUACAGAAUCAAGUUCCCAAUAUUGUAAAAGCAUUACACAAGCAGAUGAAAGAGAAGAGUGUGAAAACUCGCCAGUGUUGUUUUCACAUGCUGACUGAGUUGGUCAAUGUGUUGCCAGGGGCUUUGACUCAGCAUGUACCAGUUCUGGUUCCAGGAAUAAUCUUUUCCUUAAAUGAUAAAUCUAGUUCAUCCAACCUGAAGAUUGAUGCUCUUUCAUGUUUGUACGUUAUCCUUUGUAACCAUUCGCCUCAGGUCUUCCACCCUCAUGUAGAUGCCUUAGUUCCACCGGUUGUGGCUUGUGUAGGUGAUCCUUUCUAUAAAAUCACUUCAGAAGCUCUUCUUGUAACUCAGCAACUUGUAAAAGUAGUAAGGCCUGUUGAUCAUCUCUACACGUUUGAUGCUGCUCCGUAUAUUAAUGACUUAUUCACUUGUACUGUCAAGCGACUAAAAGCUGCUGACAUUGAUCAAGAGGUGAAGGAAAGAGCCAUUUCCUGUAUGGGGCAGAUAAUAUGUAACCUUGGUGACCAUUUAGGCAGUGAUUUACCUAGUACACUGCAGAUUUUCCUAGAGAGGCUGAAGAAUGAAAUUACUAGACUGACGACGGUGAAAGCCUUGACAUUAAUAGCUGGAUCUUCUCUCAAGAUUGACCUGCGACCAAUACUAAGUGAAGGUGUACCAAUUUUAGCUUCGUUCUUGAGAAAGAACCAGCGGGCAUUGAAGCUAAGUACCCUUUCUGCUUUGGACAUCCUAAUCAAGAACUAUAAUGACAGCCUGACACCUGCUAUGAUUGAAGCAGUCUUAGUGGAGCUUCCACCACUUAUUAGUGAAAGUGACAUGCAUGUGUCACAGAUGGCCAUAAACUUUCUUACAACCUUGGCCAAGGUGCAUCCUUCUUCUCUUUCAAAAGUCAGUGGUUCAAUUCUUACAGAGCUUAUUGGGCUUGUUCGGUCCCCACUACUUCAAGGAGGAGCUCUCAGUGCAAUGCUAUAUUUUUUCCAAGCCCUUGUUGGAACUGGAACUGCAAAUCUGGGUUACAUGGAGUUGCUACGAAUGUUGACUGGUCCUGUUUAUUCACAGAGCAACGCGUUGACUCACAAGCAGUCCUACUAUUCGAUAGCAAAGUGUGUAGCAGCGCUAACACGAGCCUGCCCAAAAGAAGGGCCAGCAGUGGUUGGACAAUUUAUCCAGGAUGUAAAGAAUUCCAGAUCCACCGAUUCGAUUCGACUCCUGUCUUUAUUGUCCCUUGGAGAGGUUGGUCAUCAUAUUGACUUAAGUGGGCAAACUGAGCUGAAGUCUGUUAUUUUGGAAGCAUUCUCUUCCUCAAGUGAGGAAGUGAAAUCUGCAGCAUCCUAUGCCCUAGGAAGCAUUAGUGUUGGAAACCUUCCAGAGUACCUACCUUUUGUUCUGCAAGAAAUAACAAGUCAACCCAAAAGGCAGUACCUGCUUCUGCAUUCUCUGAAAGAGAUUAUUAGUUCCUCUUCAGUUGGAGGUCUCAAACCCUAUGUGGAAAACAUUUGGAGUUUGCUGCUGAAACACUGUGAAUGCGCAGAAGAAGGAACUCGAAAUGUUGUUGCAGAGUGUCUGGGGAAGCUUACUUUGAUAGAUCCAGAGACAUUAUUACCACGGCUUAAAGGGUACUUGGAUUCGGGGUCUUCUUAUGCUCGAAGCUCUGUGGUUACUGCUGUGAAGUUUACUAUUUCUGAUCACCCACAGCCAAUAGACCCUCUGUUGAAGAACUGCAUAGGUGAUUUCCUAAAAACAUUGGAGGAUCCAGAUCUCAAUGUUAGAAGAGUAGCUUUAGUUACUUUCAAUUCAGCUGCACAUAAUAAACCAUCAUUAAUAAGAGAUCUCUUGGAUACUAUUCUUCCUCACCUUUACAAUGAAACAAAAGUUAGAAAGGAAUUAAUAAGAGAGGUGGAAAUGGGACCAUUCAAGCACACUGUGGAUGACGGUUUAGAUAUUAGGAAAGCAGCUUUUGAAUGUAUGUACACACUUCUAGAUAGCUGUCUUGACAGAUUAGACAUUUUUGAAUUUCUAAACCAUGUUGAAGAUGGACUCAAGGACCACUAUGAUAUCAAGAUGCUGACUUUCUUGAUGUUAGUACGGUUGUCAACUCUUUGUCCAAGUGCGGUUCUGCAGAGGUUGGACAGGCUGGUGGAACCUUUACGUGCUACAUGUACAACAAAGGUAAAAGCCAAUUCAGUCAAACAGGAGUUUGAGAAGCAAGAUGAACUGAAACGCUCAGCAAUGAGGGCAGUUGCAGCAUUAUUGACCAUUCCAGAAGCAGAGAAAAGUCCACUCAUGAGUGAGUUUCAGUCUCAAAUAAGCUCCAACCCUGAACUGGCAGCUAUCUUUGAGAGUAUUCAGAAGGACUCAUCUUCUACUAGCUUGGAGUCGAUGGACACUACCUAACUCUUCUCUUCCAAAGAAGGAAACUCUAAUUUUAUUGUUGUAAUGCACUGGAUUUUCAGUCAGUACACAAGCAAAAAAAUAAUCUGUACUUUGAGCUUUAAGCUUAUGAAUUUAUUUUUAGUUUCAUGGAAAUACAUUUUCGUUUAUUGUUGCUUUUUUUUAGUGUUUAACCCAAACAGUCCUUGUAGUUAAAAGUGGGGAAAAAGUGUAAAUUUCACAGAAUUCUUCAUUGUCAUACCACAUCCAAUUCAGCAGUAUUUUAAAAAGGUAAAACAGUUGUAGAAGUAGAUUGUGUAUAGAUAUGCAGUAAAGAUACUGGUGCGCUGAAUGAAUGAAUUUGGAAUAUAAAUGUUGAACUUUACUCCUGGGAGAUGAUCAUUAAGGAGAUUUCAUGACAUUCACCUUAUUGUUUGACAUAUUUUGUAAGGAUGAAAGGUCUGUUUAUCUGUCUACUGUUUGUUUCAGCUUGCUAAACAAUAGUUAAAGAACUCUGCAUUGUGGAAAUUUAUUAUAUUAAAAUGACAGUUCUUAAAUCGUAGAUUCGUACUUUCUGUUCUUGAAAUAACACAAUUAUUUCCAUGAAUGCUUCAAUACUCCCUAAACAUUCCAUGGAAUUUGUAUUUUUGUUUAGGAUCUAUAUUGUGAACUCAAUGUAUUCUCUGCACCAGUAAAGCCUUUUUUAAAAUUUA